AUGGCUACCCCCACCCUCUCCGCCAUGAUCGAUCCGACUAAGCAAGCCGAGUACCCGAUUGUGCUGGGCGAGAGACUCGCCCGCAGAUCAGACACCAGCAACCUGGUCAACGUAAACUACAACUACAAAUCCAAGUCCGCUACCUCACAACACCGCUCCACCAUUACCCCCUCACAAUCGCAAGAUCUCUACGACCUUUCUGUCACCGAUAAGGCCCCGAAUGCCGAUCACGCACUGGCCUGGUCAUACAAGGGUAGCGAGGACCCGUCGAGCGAACAGAACCUGGUCCUGGUCUUCGACCCAGAGCGCAAAGUUUUUGUACUCGAGCCGGUCUCCACAUCAUUCAAUUUCAAUCUACGGUCGGCGCCUGGAAAGACGGAAAAACAGGUCCGUGAACAGUACGAGCAACUUCAGAUCAAGUACGAGGAUGAACCGACGACUUCGGGGGAGGACCGCCAUGCAGCGGACACCAGCGAUGACGAGGGCCCUGCGGACCCAGAUAACCCAUAUGACUGGCGACACUACCUCCCCAAGAACCGCGGACCGGACAAUAAAUACUGUUUACCUUCGCAUAACACCACUCCAGAACCUUCUAUCGCAAGCCGAUCAAACACACCUGUGAUAGCAGCCUCCAAGCCUGUUGCUGCAAAGCCAUUGCCGCGACCAAAGCCACAAGCAAACCCGCUUCGCCAGAAGAAACCAGCUACAAAACCGGCAGCUCCCAAACCACCCGCUGCGAGACCUUCUCCGAAGCCAGCUGAGCCCGCCAGCCAACCUACCAACCCACCUACCAACCAACCCGCUAGUCAGCCCGCUAGCCAGCCUGACACAUUUGAGAUGGAAGACUCUCGCUCGUCGCUAUCAGACGCAGAGACGGGAUCUCAACAAGCCGGCCAAUCACCAAGCUCAAAUAUUAUCAUUGACGGCGAUCUGAUUAUUGACAUGGGCUCUCCGCCUCCAUCCCGCUCCUUCAAGGUCAAUCCCGCAUACUUCUCGUCGAACAAUACACCAGCAGACGAAGGCAAUGGGGAAGAAGAAAUGGGCGAGUUCAGACUUCCCUCUCCAGUCGGUACAACUGCCUACCCGGCCUCAUCUGCACCGACAGGCGAAGCAACUCAGGAAGGUGAGGUGGAAGAUGACGAUGCCUUGGCUGCAGAGAUGGAAGCCGCCUUUGAAGAAAGCGCCCGGGAAGAAGAGGCUCGCAGUCAUCAGUACAGUCAGCCUACUGCUUCUAGGCAGUAUGUUCCUAGUGAUGAUGAGAGUGAGGUUAGUGAGGAGGAAUAA